AUGCGCGCUCCCCCCGCCCUGCACCCCACCCGCUGCCGCUGCCGUGCUCCCCGCGCGCCCCUGCCCGGCCGCAGCCCGGCGCCCCCUCCGCACUGCCCCCCCGAGUCCUCUUGCGGCCCCCGGGCCUCUCUCUGUGUUCCUCCCCCCCCACCCCCCCGCAACUCCUCCCGUGCGGCCGCCGGGUCCCCGGGCCAACUCAUACCCCCACAUUCCCCGCCCAGUGCUCCCGCGCCCUCUCCGCCCCGGCCCCGCGGCCGCUCGCUGACCCUGGGCUGGUUCACGCUCCCGCCCCUUUGGAGCUCCUCACCGCCGGUCCCCGAGUCGCUGUCCCUCCCUGGCUGCCUGGCUGCCUCUCAGCCGAACCCGGUUCUUGAAUGGCCCAUUCCCCGGCCUGCCCCCCUUUGCCCGCUUCCCCUAAACCUACAUUCUUUCCCUGCUCCUGGGGCUUCUGCUCCCGCUUCCGGAGAGCGCCCAGCCAGUCCACAUCCCCGCUGGGCUUCUGGCUCCGAAUGUAGGAGGGACCAGAAGGAGGCCCCAUCUUCCCCACGGGGUGGGGAGAUAGACGAGGGCAAUUAUACUUCAGCCGAUGGUGCGGAGAUGGGGGAGGCACAGGGCACCCUGGGAGGGCGCACAGAACGGGAACAUGUCCCAGAAGCUUGA